AUGGGAAAGGCCCUGUACUGCAGCUCAGAAACANAGACGGGAACAGAGACCACAGCGGAGCUGCAGGCCGAGCCCGUCUAUGACAACCUAGGGCUACGCACCACUGCCGGGGGGAACUCCACGCUGAAUCUACCCAAGGCUCUUGGAGCCCAGGGAGCACAGCAGUUGUACUCGAUGCGCGAUCGUCCCCUUCCCGCCACUCCCAGUCUUACGUCAGUGGUCUCUGCGGCGAAUGGGACCAAGAUCUACGAACCCAUUCACGAGCUGAUCCAGCAACAGCAGCAACAUAUGCAACGGCAGCAUCAACAACCACACAUGUAUCCCUCAGAAACAGAGUCUCUAUCCGGGGGAAAAAACCAUGGGAUUGCUAUAAUUCCGGGUGCCAGUAUUAGUGCAGCUGGCCUGGGUAACUCCACCUGUUUUUCUUCCUCGAUGGUGGCAUCAGGGUCCCCCACUCACUCCAGCGUCGCCAACUCCGCUUCACCGAAGAUUGCAAAGAUACCACCAAGGCCACCACCGAAGCCCAAGAAGAAGAUGUCCGUGACGGCGACGCGCAGGGGGCAGGGCAGUACAAGUCAGCUGUUUGACGACGAGGGCGAGGAUGGCACCGAGGUUUAGCUUGACGAUAAACACGACAAUGCAUUGGAAUGGGAAAGGCCCUGUAAACCCGCAGCAGCAGCCAACUGGAGCCUAAACCAAAAAUAAAUCAGCCUAUUCUCCUGCCAGCACAAACACCUGGUGACCAUUUUCACUUGGUUGUUCCGAAAUGAACGCUAUUCGCGUGACGUGCGUGCCAAACGACUGAUGUAGAAUUUAGUAAUUAAACCGAUAAGCAUACGACACGCACGAAUAUUCAAAAUCAAACAGGUACUGCAGCUCAGAAACAGAUACAGAUGCAGACAAUACAAAUGAAGCAUAAACUCAACCAAGAAAAUCAAUUUUGUAAAUUUAAAGAAUUCUGAUGGAAACCAAGUACGCAUGGAUAUGUAUUAUGUGUUGUCUCGAGCUGCGGCAGAUCGAAAUAUUUUAGCAU